CCACUUUGACGUUUACUUUAGCCAGCGCGUCUGCCUGAAAGCAAAACUCAGUGUCGCAAAACGCUUGUCGCCAAUCAGCAGUCUGUGCACCAAGCUUUUUGGCUUGCUUGCUUGUUUUCAUCGCGUGUCUUUACAGGCAUGGCCUCUGCACCAGCACAGCAGCCCAACCUGACUGUAGAGCAGACCAGAGUGGUACUCAGUGAAGUGAUCCAGGCCUUCUCUUUGCCGGAAAACGCGGUGAGGAUGGAGGAGGCGCGGGAGAGUGCAUGCAACGACAUGGGCAAGAUGCUCCAACUUGUGCUCCCAGUGGCCACACUGAUUCAACAGGAAGUCAUCAAAGCGUACGGCUUUAACAAUGAAGGAGAAGGUGUCCUGAAGUUUGCCAGAUUGGUCAAGAUGUACGAAACACAAGACCCUGAAAUAGCCGCCAUGUCAGCCAAACUCAAGUCUCUCCUCCUGCCACCUCUGUCAACACCACCCAUAGGUGGAGCAAUUCCAGCCUCAUGAAAUAGAAUAAACCAAAGGCUAUGUUCAGACUACAGGCAAAUGUGACCAAAAUCUGUUUUUUUCUUCCUUUUUGGAAAUACGAGGCCUGUAUCAGCAUCUGACCCGAUACUGUACUUCUUUAAGCACUACGUUGAGUGUGAUGUCUUUGCAGCGCAUGCAGGUCACUUUGGGUCUGCAGUCUGAAUGUAGCCUCAAUGGGAUGUCCACAAGAUGAGUGUUCCCAUCUUUGAAAGGCUUCAUAUCAACAUGUUUAAAAAACUUCCACCAUUGUCAUUUCAUGGAUUUUUUUUUUUUACAUGAACGUUUUUUGUUGUUGAAUUUAAAAGAAGCAUGCCCAUUAACUCAAUUUUCACAUGGUUUUGUAUACUGUAUGCAAAUAAAUUCCAUUGAUGUAU